AAAACCCGGAACAGCUGCGUGAGCGCCUGGCAAGUCCUCCUAGGGCGAAGCGGGCAGCUGGGCAUGCUCAGUAGCUGGGGGAGGCUUGGGUGGAGAGUAGAAAGCUUUGGCUCAGCCUCCCACCCCCUCCCACCGGCCCCCACCCCACUUGCCCCUACUCAGCCGGUAGUAGUGGCCCGGCGUGCGCCCGGGGAGACCGGGAACAUGGCGCUCCAAGCGAUGUAGCAGCCGAGGAGAAGGGGAUGAGGCUCCGCCGCUGCGCUGACAGCCAGCCACCAGUAGUCUGGAACUGAACGCACCAAGGUCUGAAUAUCUGGAGCUGAAUACCUCUCCAAGAAAUACUCUAUGGCAAAAGCCUUCCACCUCUUGCCAAAAUGAACACUGAGGAGAAAUGAAAGGCACUGAAGAAGGCAAACGAAAAGUCGCAGAACAGAAAUAACCACACUCCUCUGGAGUCAGAUUCCUCCACAGCCAUCCUAAAAAAGGUUUUUGCAUCAUGUUUGGGAAGAAAAAGAAAAAGAUUGAAAUAUCCGGCCCGUCCAACUUUGAACACAGGGUUCACACGGGGUUUGAUCCACAAGAGCAGAAAUUUACUGGCCUCCCCCAGCAGUGGCACAGCCUGUUAGCAGACACGGCCAACAGGCCGAAGCCCAUGGUGGACCCUUCAUGCAUCACUCCCAUCCAGCUGGCUCCCAUGAAGACCAUCGUUAGAGGAAACAAACCCUGCAAGGAAACGUCCAUCAACGGCCUGCUGGAGGAUUUCGACAACAUCUCCGUGACACGCUCCAACUCCCUGAGGAAGGAAAGCCCGCCCACCCCGGACCAGGGCGCCUCCAGCCAUGGUCCAGGUCACCGGGAAGAAAACGGCUUCAUCACGUUCUCACAGUAUUCCAGCGAAUCUGACAGCACAGCUGACUACGGGCCGGAGAAGCACAGAGAAAAGAGUCUCUGCGGAGACGAUCUGGACCCGUUCUAUAAGGGCGGCCACGCGGCCAAGCAAAACGGGCACAUGGUGAAAAUGAAACACGGGGACGCCUACUAUUCUGAGAUGAAGCCUUUGAAAUCCGACAUGGCCAGAUUUCCUGUCGAUUACCAUGCACACUUGGACUCACUGAGCAAACCCAGUGAGUACAGUGACCUCAAGUGGGGGUACCAGAGAGCCUCCAGCAGCUCCCCUCUGGAUUAUCCAUUCCAAUUUGCACCUUCUAGAACUGCAGGGACCAGCGGGUGCUCCAAGGAGAGCCUGGCGUACAGCGAAAGUGAAUGGGGACCCAGCCUGGAUGACUAUGACAGGAGGCCAAAGUCAUCCUACCUGAGCCAGACCAGCCCACAGCCGGCCAUGCGGCAGAGGUCACGGUCGGGCUCCGGGCUCCAGGAACCCAUGAUGCCCUUCGGAGCAAGUGCAUUUAAAACCCACCCCCAGGGACACUGGUACAGCUCCUACACCUACCCUCGCUUGUCCGAGCCCACAAUGUGCAUUCCAAAGGUGGACUACGAUCGAGCACAGAUGGUCCUCAGCCCUCCACUGUCAGGUUCCGACACCUAUCCCAGGGGCCCCGCCAAACUACCUCAAAGUCAAAGCAAAGCAGGCUAUUCCUCAAGCAGCCAGUACCCAUCUGGGUACCAUAAAGCCACCCUGUACCACCACCCCUCCUUGCAGACCAGCUCGCAGUACAUCUCCACAGCUUCUUACCUGAGCUCUCUCAGCAUCUCAUCCAGCACCUACCCACCACCCAGCUGGGGCUCCUCCUCAGACCAGCAGCCCUCCAGGGUGUCUCACGAACAGUUCCGGGCUGCCCUGCAGCUGGUGGUCAGUCCAGGAGAUCCCAGGGAAUACUUGGACAACUUUAUCAAAAUCGGGGAAGGGUCCACCGGUAUUGUAUGCAUCGCCACCGAGAAACACACGGGGAAACAAGUCGCAGUGAAGAAAAUGGACCUCCGAAAGCAACAGAGACGAGAGCUGCUUUUUAAUGAGGUUGUGAUAAUGCGGGAUUAUCACCAUGACAACGUGGUCGACAUGUACAACAGCUACCUUGUCAGUGAUGAGCUCUGGGUGGUCAUGGAAUUUCUAGAAGGCGGUGCCUUGACAGACAUCGUUACUCAUACCAGAAUGAAUGAAGAACAGAUAGCUACCGUCUGUCUGUCGGUUCUGAGAGCACUCUCCUACCUUCAUGACCAAGGAGUGAUUCACAGGGACAUAAAGAGUGACUCCAUCCUACUGACAAGUGAUGGCCGGAUAAAGUUGUCUGACUUUGGUUUCUGUGCUCAAGUUUCCAAAGAGGUGCCGAAGAGGAAAUCACUGGUUGGCACACCCUACUGGAUGGCACCUGAGGUGAUUUCUAGGCUGCCUUAUGGGACAGAGGUGGACAUCUGGUCCCUCGGGAUCAUGGUGAUAGAGAUGAUUGAUGGCGAGCCCCCCUACUUCAACGAGCCUCCCCUCCAGGCCAUGCGGCGGAUCCGGGACAGCUUACCUCCAAGAGUGAAGGACCUGCACAAGGUUUCUUCAGUGCUCCGGGGGUUCCUAGACCUGAUGCUGGUGAGGGAACCCUCUCAAAGAGCCACAGCCCAGGAGCUCCUCGGGCAUCCAUUCCUGAAGUUGGCAGGUCCACCAUCUUGCAUUGUUCCCCUCAUGAGACAAUACAGGCAUCACUGAGCAGAGGUUCACACAGGUGACGAAGCUAGAUGAGGACAUGAGAAUAAUUCAGAGAGCGUGCAAAAGGCCUGUGUAUUCCAGACCAGCUGACCAGUGGGACCGCGUGAUGACUGGCAGGGUUCAGCAGACUAGGGCAUCUUCUUGUGUCUUAAACAGGCAUCUCUCCACUGACAGCUGGCAUGGUCAUCUGGAACAUGGGUUUAACAAGUCAUUAUUAUAUUUUUUAGCCCUUCAUCCAGCAAAUCAGAAGGACUCAGUACAAACUCCGUUACGAUAUAUCCUAGCCACAUGCAGGGUAACGCGUAGGAUUUUCUAUAUUGAAAGAAUACUUUUCUGGCAAAAAAAAAAAAAAGAAAGGAAAACAAAAAGCACUUUUUCUUAAUGGUAGCAGUGUAAUGUAUUUUGCAAUGAAUUUGUAAUUUUUCUGUACGAUAGUUUUGAUAAUUUAUAGUACUUUGAUGUCACGUAGCCAUUGUAUCAGUUGAAGUACAACUUGUUUACUAGCAAGAGUUUGAACAAAGUCUUUCCUACUUUUUUAUCCCUUUCAGAGAACCAACGAUUCUUUAGGAACUUUGAAUACCGAAUGACUCUCAAUCACCGUCAGCUUUAGUAGAAUAUCUUUCUUAUCUUAACAAGUGUCUUAUGUGAUGGAAGAAGACUUAAGAGUGAUGGUGAUGGUGAUGGUGGUGCACAUUUCAUUUAUCCAACCAAAAAUAGUAAAAUAAAAUUUGAGCCACAGUAUACCACCAAAACUACUUCUUGGGAUAAAGCUAAAUAUUUUGGGGGAAAAAAUCACAUUUUCUUUCAGGCCUAUUAGUAGCAGUGCAUCUUUUGCACAGCGGGAUGUCUCCCCGAGUACCCUCUAGUAAGUGGCUACGAUGUCCCCUUGUGGCCAAAUCCUCCCCCCACCCCCUACCGAGGAACAGUUUUAGUGCUAGGAUCAUUUAGACUCAGUUUCCCAAACUGAAUGUUUCAAUCAGGCUGUGAGAAUUCCAGUCUCACAAAGGGAAAAGGGAGAGAACAGGGCAAGAGGUUUGGUUUUGUUUGUCACUGUUUUCAAAACUCUGUACGCUGGCGCACCAAACUCUUGUCUGUAAGUACCUUUGUACCACAGUAUUAAUUGCUACUGUUUAUGUAUCAUGCUGGAAGUCCGGACUCUAGAGGGUGAAUUAGGAAGAGGGUAUUUACCAGGUGUGAUCCGAAUUCAGUUGUGACCAUGUUAUGUGUUUCCGACAUAGGCGAGUUGUGCUGCUGACUAGAAUGUUGAUAAAAAUGAAUGACUACUACAAUACAUUUUGUGUUGCUUGUUGGAUGAAUUUGCAUGUUAACUGUAGGCCAAUAUAGAUUUGCCUUUAAAACUCUGGAAGAGCUACAUAGUCAUCAUUAGUUUCUAUCAAUUAUGCAUCAAACAAAAAGCCAUUUGUUACCAAACUGGAAAACCAGAGGCUUUUCUUAAUGACUUCGCAUACUGUAACAAAUAACGAAUUUAAAUUUGUGAAAAUGCUCUGGUUGCUCUAAGCAUAAUUACAAAUGUUUGUAAUUAAUAGGUUGCUAAUUAUUUAUUAUAGUUAAAAAGGAAAAAAAAGGCAUAAAAUGACCUUCUACUGAUUAGAUUUUCAGUUUUUCCCAAACUGGAAAUGCCUCAUCAUAAAUAGGAUCUAUAAUUUUGUUUCAUAAAACACAACGAAUUAAUGUUUUAUGUAAAAUAUUAAUAUAAAUAUGUAAGAAUGAAAAUACUCUAAAUCCAGAAAAUGGCAGUCUUAAAAGUUCAUGGAGCAGAUUGUACUAAUUUAAUCAGGACUAUGUAGAAAUAGAAAGAAGGGGGAAAAGAAAAUCUUUUUUAACCAGAGCAAAUAUUAAAAAUCAUUGCAGAAAAUAGUGGAUUUUGGAUUCCAAACAUUUUCGACAGUGUAAUGGAAAUUUUUCUGUAAUUUUCUUAUCACUGGAUAUUUUUUAAAGUAUUCAUUGAGUUUACCAAAAGUUACUGUAGCUUAAGAGGUUUUGUGAGCACUACUGGCAGAAACUGCACUUGCAAAUAAAAAUAAAUGUUUGCCUUUUUCCCAUCA